AUGGAUAAUCCAGAUAAGAGCUUACAAUAUCUUAAAGAGCUUGAAAGUUUAGGAGAAGAGAUUUUAGUAGAUCGUCAAGAAAUUAUUGCUCUCGAUAAGAGAAGAAAUGAAACAAGGGAAGGACUUAGAGAGCUUAAAAAUUCAAAAGUUACAAAAACUUGGUUUGCUCUCGGUCCUCUUUUACUUAAAUUUCCAACUAACAAAGUUGAAAAUUUGCUUAAAAAGGACCAAGUUCAAGUCGAUGCGGAAAUCAAUAAACUCAGGAGUAAUUUAAAAGUCAAAGUAAAUUUACUUCGAGAUAUGGAACAUCAACCUCCUGUACCUGGUUUAAUGUUGAAACCCAUGUCAAAACAAGAAAUGAAUGCAAUGGGACACGUUUUGGGAAGAUGUUAA